AUGCAGCUUACGGAUGGAAGCAAUUUCGGUUCAGCUGUUGACAUUGCCGCUCCAGGUAGGGGCACUUCGCAUGCCGCCGCUAUUGUAGCAGGUAUAGCUGGGAUGCUCUACAGCCUUGAACCUUCUCUGAAGGCUAAGCUGACCCCUGCUUACAUCAAAAGUAUCAUCAAGGAUACGGCCACCCAAGGUGUCAAGGACAGUAAAGGGGUAGAGACCCUUACCUUCGGCCGCGUGAAUGCUGCGGCGGCUGUCAAGAAGAUACUUGGGAGAAAGAAGGUUUAA